AAAGGUUGUCCCCACAGCAUGCAGCAAAGAAACGAAGAUGGCAGAGGAUUUGAACUUUCCCAUUCAUCACUUUAUAUAAGGACGUUGAUUUGGAAGCUAAAAGAUGGACGCAACUUUAAUUUCUUAAUUCUUAUACAUGAGAUCACAGCUAGUAUAGUCUGAUGACAGCAAUGAAGGUCCUUCAACUCAAUCACAAAGGCAUGGAUCUGGAGAAAGAAGAAGAAGGAGGAGGAAAGCAUUGGAUCAUUCUGUACACGACGAGCAUGAGAGGGAUAAGGAAAACAUUUCAAGACUGCAACAGAAUCAGGUUCCUUCUGAGAAGCCUCCGAGUGAAGUUUGAUGAGAGGGAUGUGUCCCUUCACAUGGACUACAGGGAUGAGUUGUGGAAUCUAUUUGGCGGCAAAGUCACCAUCCCUCCCAAGCUCUUCAUCAAGGGAACCUGCAUUGGCGGCGCUGACGAGGUUCUUGCCUUGCAUGAGCUCGGCUGCCUUAGGAACCUUCUAGAAGGUGCUCCCACUAUCACUACCGAUCAUGAUCACUGCCCUUGUCUUGGUUGCAACAAUUUCAGGUUCUCUAUUUGCUCUUUGUGCAGUGGAAGCCGCAAACUCAGCACUAUUCACGCUCAUCAGGAUCAUGACUUCUUCUUUGUUAGGUGUCCAGAGUGCAACGAAAAUGGUCUUGUCAAAUGCACCAUUUGCACCUCCUAAUAGAUUUUUAAUUAUUAGUAUCUAACUCAAAAUUAAGUAGUACUACUUCUGCAUCAUGUUGCUUAAUUAAUUAGCUUAAUUAAUUUGUAUGUCUUGCAUGUUUGGUCUUUUUCAAUCUCAUGUAUCAUCAUAAUAAUAAUGAUGUGCUAAUAAACUUCAUUGAAUGUAAAAAAUCAUAAGCUAGCGUGCCUAAUGUUGAGGUUAAGCUAAUUAAGUAGUGUGAGAUCGUCUAUUGGCUA